AUGGGACCAGUAUGGAUUCGAGAAUCUAUCAGUAUCAAAGACAAUGAAAUCAAUGAUCUGAACCAUCAAGAAAGGAAACCUACUUUGUUUUACAAGGAAACAGGGCAAAGGAAUGCAAACGUGGGUCUUCGAUGCCAUACAUUCCGAUUGUCAUUUGCGCAAAGUGGUGUUUUCUCCGCAAAUAUGCUCGAUCGUCUUCUAUAUCAGGCACAUGUCAAAAAUUAUGUAGUGCAUUUCGUCCGGUUAUUUCUUGGCAUUGAUCAGUCUAGAAGCUCUGGAUAUCUGAUAGUGUUAGCUUCUCAUCAAGUUUCAUUGAAUAGCCCAGAAAGAUUGGAUUUGCCCGUGGUAUACAAAGGGACACUCUUCCGAUUCAGUCUUGCGUCUGAAAAAGAAACUGGUCCACGGGAACUUUCAUGUUCUAAAACAUGA